CGUGAUGCGAGUCUCUUUUGCCGCCGCUGUUGCUGGUGGGUUGUUGUUCUCCCUCCCCUUUGUCAAGAUGGCGGCGCCGGCGGGUUCCUGAGAGGAGCUGUUGCUACGAGCAGGAAGCGAAGCCCCGGUUGCUGCCGGGAAAGGCUUACCUGGGCUUCCUUUCCCCACACUGGUCGGUUCCCUCCUCCACGGCCUUUUAGAAGUAUGUUAAAAUGACCCAAGCCGGGAAGAAGAAGAAAAGGGCUGCCAACCGCAGCAUCCUGCUGGCCAAGAAGAUUAUCAUUAAGGAUGGGGGCACGCCUCAAGGAAUAGGUUCGCCUAGUAUCUAUCAUGCUGUGAUAGUUAUAUUUUUGGAAUUUUUUGCUUGGGGACUCCUGACGGCACCAACUUUAGUGGUUUUACAUAAAACAUUUCCAAAGCAUACUUUUUUAAUGAAUGGCCUGAUUCAAGGAGUAAAGGGUUUGUUGUCUUUCCUGAGUGCUCCUUUGAUUGGGGCCCUGUCUGAUGUUUGGGGCCGAAAGUCCUUCCUGCUGCUAACAGUGUUUUUUACGUGUGCGCCAAUUCCACUAAUGAAGAUCAGCCCAUGGUGGUACUUUGCUGUUAUCUCUGUCUCUGGAGUAUUUGCUGUGACCUUCUCAGUGGUGUUUGCUUAUGUAGCUGAUAUAACCCAAGAACAUGAAAGAAGCAUGGCAUAUGGCCUGGUUUCAGCAACUUUUGCCGCAAGCCUAGUCACCAGCCCUGCCAUUGGUGCCUACCUUGGUCGAGUGUAUGGAGACAGCCUGGUGGUGGUCCUAGCUACAGCAAUUGCAUUGCUGGAUAUUUGUUUUAUCCUUGUCGCUGUGCCUGAAUCGUUGCCAGAAAAGAUGAGGCCUGCAUCAUGGGGAGCACCCAUUUCUUGGGAACAGGCUGACCCAUUUGCGUCUUUAAAGAAAGUUGGCCAAGAUUCCAUCGUGCUGCUUAUCUGCAUAACAGUUUUUCUCUCCUACCUCCCUGAGGCAGGCCAGUAUUCCAGCUUCUUCUUAUACCUCAGACAAAUGAUGAGCUUUUCACCGGAAAGCGUUGCAGCAUUUAUAGCAGUCCUUGGGAUUCUCUCCAUUGUUGCACAGACAAUAGUUCUGAGUUUACUUAUGAGGUCAAUAGGAAACAAAAACACCAUUCUUUUGGGAUUGGGAUUUCAAAUAUUGCAGCUUGCUUGGUAUGGCUUUGGCUCAGAACCUUGGAUGAUGUGGGCAGCAGGAGCUGUUGCAGCCAUGUCAAGCAUUACGUUCCCAGCUGUUAGUGCUCUAGUUUCACGGACAGCGGAUGCUGAUCAGCAGGGUGUUGUCCAAGGAAUGAUAACAGGAAUUAGAGGACUCUGUAAUGGCUUAGGACCAGCACUUUAUGGUUUUAUUUUCUACAUUUUCCAUGUGGAACUGAAUGAAAUUCCAGAGGCUCAAAAUGACCUGGCAGAUAAGGUGGCUGUUCAGCACCAUUCACAGCAGAAUGCUAUCAUUCCUGGUCCUCCUUUCUUAUUUGGAGCAUGCUCCGUAUUACUGGCUCUGCUUGUUGCCUUGUUUAUUCCUGAACACACCAACUUAAAUGUUCGAUCCAGUAACUGGAAGAAGCACUGUGGUGGCCAUGGCCAUCCACACAGUCCACAGGCCCCUGGGGAGGCCAAAGAACCUUUGUUGCAAGACACAAAUGUAUGACAGCAGUACUCAAGGACUCUUAGAGCACAUUUCUUAUUUUUAUUCUUUUUCACCUGCAAUUCUGGAUGCACAUUCCAUUUCCAUCAAAAAAGUGACAUUUCUUAAGAGGGUCGAGAAAUUCUCUUUGCAUGAAAAUUGUUAAGAAUCACAACCAGGAAGUGGAAAAUCUCCAAAGAAGUUCAGAUUUAAAUUAUUUGAAUCUUUUAAACUCUACUUAGGACUCUUGCCAUAAAGUCCUAGUAAAUAUUAAAUCUUUACAUCUUAAUUUUGAAACUAUAUCUCUAUAUCUAUAUAUUCAAGGUAUCAGCAUGUUCCUGCAUCAGUUUCCUGAAGGUGUUGAGCUUUAUUCUCUUCAUGCUGGUCUCAAUGAGGCAUAAUAUGAGCAGGACUUGAGGACCCUUCUAAAAAUAAAACCUUGGGUUAGAUAAAUUCAAAGCCUUAAUUUAGAUACACUUGACUAUGUGGUGAACGGGGUUGACCUUGGACUUUUGAAUCAGUGUCUGGCAGGUUUUGUUUUGAGUUUUACUAACACAAUCAUGUGUUAAACACACAUCCUGAGCAGUACACACACUUUUAAGUGCAUUACUCUGAUUCAUUCUGUUCUUUGAACUAAGUAUAGUAUCCAUUUGUAGUACUUAAGUGGGUGGUAUGAGCCUACAAGAUUUUGUUAUUGGCUCUGAAACACUUCCUGACUAGAAUUUGAUACCACUACACUUUCAAUGUUUUGCAUAAGGACCUCAAAACUUGAAUAAACUCAAUUCUUAAGCUGAUAGCCUUGAAGACGUCAGUGUGCUCCAUAUGGGAUUGCCAUUUUAGUUGUUGGACAGGAUCACUGGAUACCAAGGUGUAGAGCUCAGGAAAAGUGGCAGUUGGUCUGUGUUUUUUUUCCUGCUUUCUGACUUGUAACAUAUGAUGGGGGGGAGGGGAAGAGAGCUGGCAGAUAGUUCUGUCUAGUAACAGCAAUGGCAAUCCUUGCUCUAGUGGCCUUUCAGGACUGUCUCAAGUAACACGUCACACAGCCAAGGGUUAGUCCUGCAAUUCCAGGAUCACAGUGCAGGAGAGAGCUUUAUACAAUUACUGAUGUGAAUUUCUCUAGAAUUGUAUAUUUUUGUGUCCAGUUGUAUUAUUUAAAUGUUUCUUUGUAUAAAAUGUGUAUAAACUAUUGUAUAGUUCAAAAUGUUUUCAUCUUGUGCUGUGGUUAUUGUUUAAGCUUUUUUAACUUUCACCAUGGUUGAGUAAAAACUGGCCAAUAUGUAAAUACGUUGUUAAUAAAGUUGAAUAUUUUAGUGA